AUGGCUGAUGGUAAGCACAUAUUUCGAGAUGCCUGUGAAGAAAGAAAAGGUUGGAGCGCUGAAGUGUCAGAAUCCUUGAAAAGAAAGUGGAUCAAGUGGAACAAUCAAAUGAAGAAUGUUAAAGUUCCUAGAGCUAUAACUAACAAAUCGGACGUGAUUGAAGGCAUUCAACUCCAUUUGUUUGCAGAUGCUAGUAACCUUGCUUGCUGUGCAGCAACAGUCGCAGAGCACAAAUCAGGAACUGUGAAAGGUCUGUUAACGUCCAAAUCUCGAAUUUCCAAAAAGAACACCACAAUACCGAGGUUGGAACUUGUGAGUGGUCAAAUGGAGGCGAACAUGGCAAGGAAUUUAUACCAUACGCUACUGCGAUUGCCUGUUAAGUCUAUCAUCAUCUGGAUGGACAGUAUGGUCGCGCUUUACUGGUUAAGUAACCCUGGAAAGCCUUGGAAGACUUUCGUCGCUAAUAGAGUUAAGAAGAUAGCAGAAAUUACCAACGAGAUUGGUUUGGUGUGGAAGUAUUGUCCAUCAAGUGAGAAUUUGGCGGAUCUAGGCAGCAGGGGAGCUACAAUUGAGAAAAUGGUAAAAGACGGAUGGUUCACUGGUCCUGAGUGGUUGUUACAUGUGGAAUAGUGGCCCAAACAACCCCAUCUUAAAGUUACUACACACGUGAGCGAAGAGAGCAAACCCAGCAUGGUGGGGUUCUUUUUUACCAAAGAACGAGAGCCUGAUGAAUGGGAUGCGCUGCUGGAAAGAAGUUCGUAUUGGCGCACAUUAAGAGUUACAGCGUGGGCACUGAGAUUCCUGCACAAUUGUUUGGCGAAACGGCGUAAAGAGAAAAGAAAAUCUGGGCCCAUUGGAAACGAAGAAAUCGUGAAAGCAAAGAAUACAUGGGUGAUAAGGAUUCAGAAAAAUAUUAACCCCACUCUACAAGCACCUGGCUGGAAAAUCUUCGAAGAUAAGAACACAAACAUUCUCAAAUGCAGGGGAAGAGUUCGGGGAUAUACUCCAACAUUUAUCGAAAGAGGAUUGUUUGCAGAGAAGCUUAUCACACAUACACACAAUCAAAUUAUGCACCUAGGCGUUGCAAAUACAAUGGCCGCCUUGCGAGAAAACUGGUGGAUCCCUCAACUAAGAUCGAAGGUAAAGAAGGUGAUAAAGAAUUGCAACGUUUGCAAACUGUACUCCACGAAACCAUACGGAGCGACAGCGACAAGUAACAUGCCUAAAUUUAGAACUGAGACCAGCAAGCCAUUUGAGAUCACUGGCGUGGAUUUUGCCGGACCGUUAAGGUACAAGGUCAGCAAAAAGGAAGAUGGAAAGUGUUACGUUCUAAUCUUUACUUGCGCUGCAUGCAGAGCCGUUCAUUUGGAACUAACUAAAACUCAAGAAGCUGGUGAAUUUCAGCGAAAACUUAACGCAUUUAUUGCGCGUAGAGGAAGACCUCGCUUGAUGAUUUCCGAUAAUGCUGCUACUUUCAAAGCGACUGCAAAGUGGACUAAGCUAAUUCGAGAAGCUUCAGGAUUUCCUCGCAACCCAAGAUAUCUAUUGGAGAUUUAAUCUGGCAAAGUCCCCAUGGUGGGGAGGCAUCUACGAGAGGCUGAUUCGUGAAAUCAAGAAAACCUUAUACAAAACCUUGGGAAAAUCACACCUAUUCUUUGAAGGUUUGGAAUCGGUCGUAUUGAACAUCGAAAGCAACAUGAACAACCGUCCGUUAACUUACGUAGAAUGUGAUGGUGGGGAGGAACAAGUCCUGACGCCAAACAUACUUCAUUCGGGGAGAAAACUCUUACAUGUUCGACGAUGUUGAAGAUGAAGAAGACGAGCUAACCAAGAUGCAAAGAAGACUUAGAAAAGCAAAAGAUGAUGCAUGGAAACGAUGGAAGCGGGAAUAUGUGCAUAGUUUACUGGAGAGCCAACGAGUCAAUAACAAGGUUGUCGAAGCACCACAGAUUGGAGACGUUGUCCUGGUAGUGGGAGAAGAGAAGAACAGGGGAGAAUGGAAAAAAGGGAAAGUGCUUCGACAAGUUCGUGGAAAAGACG